UUCCACUUAUCGAACUGGGUGGGGAAGCCGGAGAGAAUGUCUUCCGCGGAAAGAGUGGACGUUGCCCUUCCCUUCCCUGAGGGACGUCCUUAGACCCCAUCUUCUGCGUGAAUGUGAGCUGUGGCACCGAUGCCGACUCGUGCUUCCAGACCUCUCUCCUGCCGCGGACACUGUGACUGGAACCCCCCCCAGCGCCGCGUUGGUGCCUUCCGGCCCGGUCACGUGGGCGAGAAGAUGGCCGCCCCCAGAGAGGGCCGCGAGCGUCCGGGCCGGUGAGGCGCCGGUGGCCGCUGUGGGAGCGCGGGGCAUCGGCGGCCUCGUCUUCCCGGAGCUCGUUUGGGCGUUUCGGCUGCAGGUAGCACGGUUCUUGUGCCCGGGAGGCCCUGGUUUCGGUGCAGGUGGGGCUGCGGAAGGCCUGGGCCCGUGGGCAGGAGGCAGCCGGCGACACCAUGGUGACAGAGCAGGAGGUGGAGGCAAUCGGGCAGACACUGGUGGACCCCCAGCAGCCCCUGCAGGCCCGCUUCCGGGCGCUCUUCACCCUCCGCGGGCUCGGUGGUCCUGGAGCCAUCACCUGGAUCAGCCGGGCCUUUGACGACGACUCUGCCCUGCUCAAGCACGAGUUGGCUUACUGCCUGGGCCAGAUGCAGGACUCCCGGGCCAUUCCCGUGCUGCUGGACGUGCUGCGUGACACCCGCCAGGAGCCCAUGGUGCGCCACGAGGCGGGCGAGGCCCUGGGGGCCAUCGGGAACCCAGACGUCCUGGAAGUCCUGAAGCAGUACUCCAACGACCCUGUCAUCGAGGUGGCCGAGACGUGCCAGCUGGCUGCCCAGCGGCUCGAGUGGCUGCAGCAGCACCGCGGGGAGCCGGCGGUGGCCGGGCCCUACCUGUCCGUGGACCCUGCUCCCCCAGCCGAAGAGCGUGACGUGGGGCGGCUGCGGGGGGUCCUGCUGGACGAAGCCCAGCCACUCUUUGACCGCUAUCGAGCCAUGUUCGCCCUGCGGGAUGCCGGCGGCAAAGAGGCUGCGUUGGCGCUGGCCGAGGGCCUGCACUGUGGCAGCGCCCUCUUCCGCCACGAGAUCGGCUACGUCCUGGGCCAGCUGCAGCACGAGGCGGCCGUGCCCCAGCUGGCAGCGACCCUGGCCCAGCGGGCCGAGAACCCCAUGGUGCGGCACGAGUGCGCUGAGGCCCUGGGAGCCAUCGCCCGGCCCGCCUGCCUGGCCGCCCUGCGGGCCCAUGCGGCCGACCCCGAGCGCGUGGUGCGGGAGAGCUGUGAGGUGGCCCUGGACAUGUAUGAGCACGAGACCGGGCUGGCCUUCCAGUACGCCGAUGGGCUGGAGCAGCUACGCGCGCCCCCCUCCUAGAGCCGCCUGCCCGCCUGCCUGCCCUGCAGGACUCGGCAUGAGCUGCGUAUAAACCGAGCUUGUGCGGAUUGGGUCUGGCUUCCCCGUCCCCCCAGGGCUGUCUGCUUGGCCUGAUCUGGCUGCUUUUGCAUCCUGACUCCCCCAGGGCCAGGCUGAGGUGUCCUGUGUCCCCCACGGGGGGCCUGGCGCAGGGCUGCAGCACCUGGGUUUCUGGUCACGGGGGUGGGAUGUUGGCACGGGAACGGGGGUCUAAGGGUGCAGGCCAGGGCUAUGCUCAGGGAAGUUGGGGUUGCCUUGACCCUGCCUCUUGAACCAGGGGCGCCCGGAAAGGCGCUGUGGGCAAACCCAAGCCCCUUGGGCCUAGCCAGGGGCUGGGGCUCCCAAGGGCUGCCCCUGGGGCCUCCGACUCCCUAGCCCCGGACUAGGCUGGGUGGGAGGGUUGUUAGAGGCUUGGGGGCUGGGGAGGGACAAGCAGACCCUGGGGUCCAAAUGGACUAUUAAAUUAUUUUUGCCAA